AUGAAUCCUCUUCACAAAAUAUACUUGUAAGCCUUGAUUAAUCAAUCACAACAAGAAUCUUCUUAAUAAGUGAAGUAGGAAGAGAAUAGUUAGAAAUAAAAUGUGCAAGUAUUUGAAAUAAUCAAUAUCUGUUUAGUAUUUACAAAAACAGUAACUUUUACAGAUAAUUCAACAAUGUUAAACCUAAUACCAACCAAUUUAGCAAGUAUCGUAAGAUUUUAAUAUAUUCAAAAAGCAAGCCUCCAACUUUAAUUGAGGUUCAAAAUUAGGUUACGUCUUACUUUUAGAAAAUCAUUCUCCAGAAACAAACCAUCAAUUUAUCAAACGUGUUAGAGGUUCAAUUACCGUAUUUCCUGAUAAUCAUGGGCAAUCUCAUAAUAUAUGGAUUGGAAAAUUGUUCAGCAGACAAAGAAAUUGUAGCAGAUUUGUUGUCGCAGUAUAAAGCCAAUCCAUUAAAGAUAUCAAUGAGUGGUUCUCUGUUCUAAACGAUAGCUCUUCUCUUCCGUUCUGAACUCAUUAAUUAUGAUCAAAGUUCUAGAUUAUUAUUAUAAAAGGUACAAAAUAUCUUGCCAAUUUUUUGCUUUUCAGAGAUGACUUUUGCGACAUCUUUUUCAACGCCCUCUAUUGCUAUCAAAUAUCGUAGGGUCAAACAGUCAGUCAGCAGAUUGGAUUUACUCAAAUACAUUAGAUCAUCAAGAAGUAGCAAGACGAUGUCUGGACAACAUUCACCUUCAAAUUGCUAAGUCAAUAACAAUAAAAGUUGACUAAGGAUCAAUUUCUAAUGUAAUUCAACAGAUAUACUCAAUCUUUAAAUAACUUUUUCACUAAAAGCAAUUUUAUAAUGGAUUUAGUUGCAUAGAGUGUUAAACAAACAGCGAAAUUACAUAACGAUCAGAUAUUUUAGGAAGUAUUCAAUUCAAUUAACCACUAGUAUUUACUUAUUAUGGGGAGCUUUAAGGCAACGACUUAGGAUUUCUUAAAAAAAGCCACAUAAGUAUUCUUUGAGGAGACAGCCGAAUUAGAUUUACUUAGAUUUAGUUCAAAUACAAUUAAAGUCCAUAAACAAAUGAAUUGUUAAAUUCUAUUCAUUUUGCCAAUGCUCCUUUAAUUGGAAAGUCAAUAUUUAGACCAUAUCAUAUAAAAUGGAUUUACAGAAAUGCAAGUCAAGAAUAGUUCUAAUUACUAUUUGAAAAUGAUUGAAAAGCUUAAAAGCAAAUGCGUUUACAAUGGGGAAGAGGAAUGCAAUUGCAAAAAGUGUUAGUGGUAUGAUGUCACAUUAAUUUAAAUAGCAUAAGGAGAAAUAGAAAUUCAGCAAAAGAAUCACAAAAAAAGAAGAGAGAAGCCUUAGAGAAAUUAGGUCCUUUAUAGGAUGAAUUUAAUAAACUAUAAAAAAAGGUAAGAGUAUACAACAAACUUAGGUUAAACAAUUAGAAACUGAAAAUCAAUACAUGACUUCCUUAUUGUUUGAUGUGUUCAAACAUCCAUCUGUUGAAAAAAUUGCUUCUUAAUUUCUCGAGCCCUUAACCAAAAUAAUUGCAGAUUCAGACCCAAUUGAUGAAUGUUGA